AUGGAGCGUGCUCUCCCAGCGGCCGGAUUCCUGUACUGGGUGGGCGCGAGCACCGUGGCCUACCUGAUCCUGCGCGCCUCGUACUUGCUCUUCAGGGCCUUCCAAGUGUGGUGCUUGGGCAACGAGACUUGGGUCAGCCCGCUGCUCGGAGAAUGGGCAGUUGUUACAGGUGGCACUGAUGGAAUUGGAAAAUCAUAUGCAGAAGAGUUAGCAAAGCGUGGGAUGAAGAUUGUCCUAAUUAGCAGGUCCCAGGAUAAACUGAAUCAGGUUUCCAGCGAGAUCAAAGAAAAAUUCAAAGUGGAAACAAGGACCAUUGCUGUUGAAUUUACAUUGGAUGAUAUUUCUGAUAAAAUUAAGACAGGCUUGGCUAGUCUUGAAAUUGGCGUUUUAGUGAACAACGUGGGGAUGUCAUACGAGUAUCCAGAAUUCUUUUUGGAAGUUCCUGACUUGGACAAUACCAUCAAGAAACUGAUAAAUAGUAAUGUUCUUUCCGUUUGCAAGGUGACACGCUUGGUAUUGCCUGGCAUGGUAGAAAGGUCUAAAGGGGUGAUUGUCAACAUUUCAUCUGCCACUGGCAUGCUCCCAAUUCCACUCUUGACCAUUUACUCUGCAACCAAGGCUUUUGUAGAUUUCUUCUCUCAGUGCCUCCAUGAGGAGUAUAAGAGCAAAGGCAUCUUUGUGCAGAGUGUCCUGCCAUACUUUGUAGCUACAAAACUGGCAAAAAUACGGAAACCAACUUUGGAUAAGCCCUCUCCAGAGACGUUUGUGAAGUCUGCAAUUAAAACAGUGGGUUUGCAGUCCCGAACCACUGGAUAUGCGAUCCAUGCUCUCAUGGGUUCAAUAAACUCAGCCUUGCCUCGUUGGAUUUAUUUUAAAAUAACUAUGGGUUUCAACAAGUCCCUAUGA